AUGGAAUGCCAAAAGCGGAUUCAACUGGAUUUGCUAAAAGAAGAUGAAGCUUGGACUUUGUUUCAAACUCAUGCUAAUGUCAAUGAUGCUACCAAAGAAGAUAUGGUACGAAAAAUUGCUAUGGAAUGUAAGGGCCUACCCAUUGCAAUUGUAGCUGUGGGUACUUGCUUGAAAGAAAAAGGAGUUGAUAAGAUGAGGGUGAUGUUGUAUCAAUUGAGGAACGCGAAGCCAAACAAUGUGGAUAAAGGAGAGAGCGAUUAUUUUACUUGUCUUGAAUUAAGUUAUGAUUAUUUAGCAACCCCAGAAGCCAAGUUGUUGUUGUUAAUGUGUGCUAUGUUUCCUAAAGAUCAUAAUAUUGAUGUUGAGGAUCUUUUCAGAUAUGGAGUGGGGUUAGGCCUAUGUAGACAUGCAGACUCAUUUAAAACAGCAAGGAGUCAAGUUAGGGCAACUAUAAAUUAUCUCAUUCGCUCCUCAUUGUUGAUGCAUUCUUCAAAGUUUGACACAAAUGCACAAGAAUAUGUGAUAAUGCAUGAUAUGGUUUGUGAUUUUGCUUUGUGGAAAGCAUCUCAAGAAGAUUGUACCAUUAUGAAAUUGAAGAAGUUGGAAAUCUUUGACUGCAGCAAACUUGAAUUCGUCUUAUCUUUCACGAUCAAUGCUACUACUUCAAUGUUGCCACAGCUAAGCACUCUAACCAUAUCAGAUUGUUCUCAAAUCGAAGAAAUUUUCAAGUGCUCAAAUAUUCAAGAUCAUGACUUUGACAAUGGAAGGGAGAUUGUGUUCCCUAACAUGGAAAAUAUGAAACUUAAUUACUUGCCAAGACUUGUGAAUGUCUGCCGGGGAUUUAAGUUUCACACGAGGGAAUUUUGCGGGGUUAUUGUUCAUGACUGCCCAGGACUUAUGCCAAUUAUGACUGCAACUGUCGAUUGGACUAAAGAGAGACUUGUAAGGGAGUAUGAGUUGAAAUACAACCAAUUAAAUAAUAACGAGGCUCUCAAUAAUCCUCCGCUUUCUAUUCUAUAUGCUGGAGAGAUUGAUAUUCAAAGUCCUAGCGUUGAACACAAGUGGCGAGUCAUUGGUGAUGAUGAUGAGCAAAAAGAAACCAAUUAUUCAGAAAUGUUGAGAUCAGAGCAACAAAUGUUUGGAGGUCUUGUUCCCACACAAGUUUUGAGAUUCCACCUUCCCAAAUUGACUUUCCUAACCAUAUCUGAUUGUGAAGAAUUGGAGGAAAUAGUUGCGGAAGAUGAGGAUCAUCAGGUCAUGUCCAAUGUACAAGUUUUCUUUCCAGAACUAAGAGAGUUGAAGGUUGAGGGAUGCAACAAGCUCAAAAGACUCUUCUCUACGAUAUUAAGCAUUGAUGAAUGUGAAGAGUUGGAGGAAAUCAUGUCAUCAGAGCAUCACUUCCCAAAUGCAUCCUCUAGUUCCUUGUGCUUCCCACUACUUGAACAUCUUGGAGUCACUAAAUGUAGAAAGUUGAAAUGGGUCUUCCCCUUUCUGCCCUCUACUCAUCAUCUUCCACAGUUGCAAUAUCUGAUUAUUGAAGAGUGCUUUGAACUAAAGGGACUUUAUAAUUGCGAACUUGAAAUCCAUGAGGAAGGCUUCAUCAACAACAUAUUUCCAAUUCUGUCAUUUUAUACGGUUGAGGAUUGCCCCAACUUCUGCAAAACCACACUUGCUGCUCUUCAAAGGUUGCUGUUACUUAUUUGA